CCGUGCCUUGAGCGGAUCGACGAACGUGUUUCUUCUUUCGGAAUCUCUACGCACACGCUUCGAAAUUAGCGGAUGCUUCUGCUGGGUACAUAAACUGAGCCCUCGUGAAAGGAUGCGGUAGGCCGUCGCCCUCGAGCUCCUGUACAUAAUCGACUGCGAUGUUUUCUAACCCUGCUCUUAUACUCAUUGGCCUCCACGCCUUCAUCUCGUCUGGUGUACAUGCCGCAUUCAAUCCUCUUGAGCAUUCUGGUCCCGCUUCUCCGUACUUCGAUGCUCCUGACCAAUUUGGUAUUUCGGCGGACACACCAGUGGGAUGUUCAGUUGACCAGGCAGCGUAUAUCGUUCGACACGGCGCGAGGUUCCCAGAGCCUGGAUCCUUCUCUGGUUGGGUGAGCUUGUUCGGCAAACUGCAGAACAACUCGUACACCGCGAGUGGGCCUUUAUCUUUCCUUCCUUCCUGGUCUGUUCCCGUCGAUAUCGCGGAUCAGAGUCACGAACCUCUCUACCUGACUUCGACGGGCGCCUUGGAAGCAUUCAGGCUUGGAGUCCAGUUGAGGCAAAAGUAUGGGUUGACUACGCCCAGCGACAACUUUACUGUCUGGGCUGCUGCCCAACAACGCGUCGUAGAUACCGCGUCAUUCUUCGCCCGUGGUUAUCUCUCUGAAGGCAACUAUCUCAGCAACACCUCGCUCAACAGAGGGACCGUCGUCACGUUCCCCGACUCCGUCAACUACACUUUCGCCGAGUCACUCACUCCGUCCGCUGCGUGUCCGACAUACGCCACCUUCAACAACGGAUCCGCUCAAGCAACAACUUACCGGGCGACGUACCAGACUCUGAUCGCCACUCGGCUGAAUAAGUUCAUUAGCGGAAACCUGACGUUGACGGCGACGGAUAUCGGGGUCAUGCAGGACCUUUGUGGGUUUUCAUCCGUUAUCAACGGUGAUACUAGGUUCUGUGAUAUCUUCGAAGAUUCUGAAUGGUUGGACUAUGAGUAUGCGCAGGACCUGAACUAUUACUACGGAUCUGGGCCCGGAAAUCCUAUCGCUGCUACUACCGGUUUUCCUUGGGUCAAGGCCAUCACCGACUUGUUCGCUGUAGGCCCCGGACAGACUACCGCAAACGGUACCUUCGUCCCUCCCCCCUUACUCAUGAGCUUCACUCACGACAACAAUAUCCCUCCUAUCAUCGCCGCUCUGGGGCUCUGGAACACCUCCGACGUCCGCGGCACCUAUCCACUCUCGAACACUAAAAUCGCCCCUGCUCGUACUUUCCGCUCCUCCUACCUCGUAAGCUUCCGCGGAUACGUCGCUCUUGAGCGACUGACCUGCUCUGAGGGUGCGGCUUCGAAUUCCAGCGUCCGACAUACCGCUUUUGACUUCGGCGGCGUCCCUACCCACGUCGGAAAUCAUGUUCCAACUGGAACGUUCGUUCGUGUCCGCGUCAAUAACGCCCCCGUCCCUAUCCCCAAGUGCGCCUCCGGCCCUGGUUCCACCUGCCCCCUCAGCGACUUCAUCACCUAUGUCGACCAGGACCGCGCUCUCGCAUCGGGAGACUUCGUCAAGACAUGUGGCCUGCAAAACUUCAGUAACGCGACGAGCCAGGCGACCUUCUUCACGAACACGAUACCGGAGUCGCAGACAUUGUUGUUGCCCUUGAGUGGAUUGGUGGGAUCGUAA